GGUUGAUUUUACAGGGAAGAAGCCACAGCCUUAAUAUAACUCUUUCUUGCUGAUGCCAUUAGGGCUUCAUAUACUGCUUUCAGUGAUCAGUUGUUGAAUCUUGAAAAAUAUGGAGGAAAAUCUUCCUCCAGGGUUCAGAUUCCAUCCAACAGAUGAAGAGCUCAUUACGUUUUAUCUUACACCAAAGGUUUCUGAUGUUAGUUUCACGUCUAAAGCUAUUGUCGAUGCUGAUCUCAAUAAGUGUGAACCAUGGGAUCUCCCAGGCAAAGCAUCCAUGGGGGAGAAAGAAUGGUAUUUUUUCAGCUUGAGAGAUAGAAAAUACCCAACAGGACUUCGAACAAAUAGAGCAACAGAAGCAGGGUAUUGGAAAACCACAGGAAAGGAUAAGGAAAUAUUUCGUGGUGCAAUACUGGUGGGUAUGAAAAAAACCCUAGUUUUCUACCAGGGUAGAGCUCCAAGGGGUCAGAAAACUAAUUGGGUUAUGCAUGAAUACAGGCUCCAAAAUAAGCAUCCUUUCAAGCCCACUAAGGAGGAAUGGGUGGUUUGCAGGGUAUUCCAAAAGAGCUCAGAAGCAACAAAAAACCCACAGCAGACAGAAUCCUCGCAGCAAUCUCUAGAGUCUCCAUGUGAUACAAACUCCAUAGUCAAUGAGUUUGGAGAUAUUGAGUUACCAAACAUAAACAACAUUGUAAACUCAUCAAAUGGUUUCAACACUUUCCUGACACAAAGUAGUUGCAACAACGAAACCAACGUAAAUAUGAACAUGAACCUUCAUAAUUGGGCUGCAACAAGAGAACAACAACCUUCACUUUCAUGGCCUUCAAGCUUGCUAAGCUCAAAUCUUACUAUGAAUGCCUUGCUUCUCAAGGCAUUACAGAUGAGAAACUAUCAUCAAAGAGAAGCUGCUGCUGCUGCUGCUGCUGCUGUUGCUCCAAGUAGUAGUGAUCAUUAUUCAUUUCUGACACAAGGGAGUAUUAUUUCUCAGUUUGGAGCUGAUUUAAGUUCAAAUUUCCAUGGCUGUUCUUCUUCUUCUUCCUCUAAGGUUUUAGAAACGCUACCUCAACCUUUACAGCAGGAGCAACCAUUCAAUUUGGACUCCAUUUGGUGAAAGCUGUAAAGUUGAAAAACUAACUUCAUUUCUGUACUUAGUCAUCUUCAACCAAAGCUGAAAAUGUUAAAGGGUAUCACAUGGGAAAAUUCGUGGAUCCCUAGUUCAAAAUGACGGUGGAAUCCAUAUGAAAUUUCAUGUGUUUAUACUAUGGAUCAUGUAGAUUCGGUCUAUCCAUGUUUUCCCCUCGUGACACGUUAGUAAUGGAGCCACCACCAACAGCUCAUGCAUGCAUCACACAAGAAUAAUGAUUAAUGGUUGGUGUAAUUUAGAUGUAAACAUUGGAGAACUUUCAAAAAAUGAAAAUUGUGGUUAUGUUUCUUUAUAUUCAAGUGUUAAGUUGAUUAUCAAUGUGAAGUAGCUAGCUAUAGGGUAAUUUGUUCUUUAAUUAAUAAUUGUUAUGUUCAUA